CUGAGCAUUGGGUCUACCAAGCGAACUACCAAAUCCCCACUCCGUCAGUCUGCGAGUUCGCCUCAAGCGUUCAACACCUGUGAGCUGCUAAAAAAAUAUAAAUAAAUAACUACCAGUAAUACCUAUUAGCAGGCUCUUAACUCUUAGCCAAAGUGAAAGAAAAGUGGCUGAGAAAAAAGUGAAAAGUUAAGCGGUAUGCAAGUGCAGAACCCAGCCCAACCAGAUGAGCCCAACCCAACCCACAACAACCCAGCCCAUUGAGAUUCCGAGCGCAACACACAUGCUGCUGUUUUAGCCAAGAGAGUUGCUUUUUGUUUUGGCCACAAGUGGGCCGAGAGGAAGUCUGGAGUGUUUUAGCUGCUUCGAGAGAUCGAUCGAUCGAUCGGUGGAAAACCAAACAAAAAGAGUUGAUUCGAAAAUCGCAAACAAAACAAAGCAAAAGCAUGAAUCAAACGCAAGUGAAUAAUUUUCUCAAGUGCUUCCUGCAAAUCGAUGAGCCCGCCGCCGGCCAUUGGACCUCACGUCACGAGGGGGAGGAGCACGACGAUCACGAUCACGACCAUGAUGACGAGGAGGAUGAGGAUGGGAGUGGGGUGCUGGUGGCCAAGGUCACCGCCAUGGUGGUUCUAUUCUGCGCCAGCGCCAUCUGCGGCUCCAUUCCCUUCCUGCUGAACCGCUGCUACCGCUGGACGGAGAACCAGACGAAUGCCCGCUCCGCCAUUGUGGUCAAGUGUCUGCUGUACUUUGGUGGUGGAGUCCUGUUGGCCACCACCUUUCUGCAUCUGCUCCCGGAGGUUCAGGAGGUCGUCGAGGAGCUGCAAGAGUGCGGCAUCGUCGGUGAGCUAACCUUUCCGCUGGCCGAGCUGCUCAUGUGCUGCGGCUUCUUUCUCAUGUACUUUAUCGAAGAGGCCAUGCACACCUAUGUCCAUCAUCACCAGAAGGAUGAGGCGGGCGCCGCCUUCGAGCGGGGUCACAGCAUACGGAAUAGUCACCUGCUGAAACCCACCAGCGAGGGCAACACCACCACCACCGCACCCUCGGCACCACCACCGCCAUCUGAGCUGGGAACGCUCUCGGUGCAGAAUCUCCUGCAGAGCGACCUGGAGCAGCAGAAGUUCCAAGCUGCCAAGCCACAGAGCCAGGCGAAUGGCCAUGGACACGGCCAUAGUCAUGGUCAUGGUCAUGGUCAUAGCCACCUGCCAGUGAUCGCGGAUGAUGCCUCCGCCGGGGACAUGCUGGCCUCUUCGCUGCGCGGACUCUUCAUCGUUUCCGCCCUGUCGCUGCACGAACUCUUCGAGGGCAUGGCCAUUGGCCUGGAGAGCUCCGCCAGCUCGGUGUGGUUCAUGUUCGGCGCCGUUUCCGCCCACAAACUGGUCCUGGCCUUUUGCGUCGGAGUCGAGCUGAUCGUGGCCCGCACCCGGAUGACCCUGGCCGUGCUCUAUGUGCUGACCUUUGCCGUGGUCAGCCCGCUGGGCAUCGGCAUCGGGAUCCUGAUCAAUCACGGCCAGGAGACCACCGGUCCCAGCCUGAUCUCGGCCAUCCUGCAGGGCUUCGCCUGCGGCACGCUCAUCUACGUGGUUUUCUUCGAGAUCCUCUCGAAGAAUCGAUCCGGUCUGCGCGCCUAUUUGGCCCUAUUCGUUGGCUUCCUGGUCAUGUUCGGCCUUCAGCAGUUGACUUCCAGUGGCGGACAUGGUCAUAGCCACAGCCACAGCAGCUGCUCGUCGUCGUCGGAGGAGGACGCACACGAUCACCAAGAGACUGAGACCAGGUCGGGACACGCCCACGACCAUGGGCACGACCACGAUCACCCGCCCCAUCACCACAACCACGCCGAGGAGCUGGCCACUGUCCACAACUACGAACAGCAGCUGCAACUCCUGCGGCAGGUCACCCAAAAGCUGCUUGAAGCACAUCCCAAGAAGGACGCCUAGAUUUUAAACUGCCCAGCAGAAAUUUGAUCUAAUUAAUUGUAUAUGUAUUUAUGUAGAAAUAAACUGUAAAAAUAGUAAAAUUAAAAA